CCGAGCCCGGCCCUAUGGCGUGGGCGGACACGGGCCGCGGGCUCCUGGCGCUGACCUUCUGCCUGCUGUCCGCGCGCGGGGAACUGCCAUUGCCCCAGGAAGCAACUGUCAAGCUGAGCUGCGAUGUGGGACCCCUGCAAGUGGUCCUGGGCCCCGAGCAGGCUGUGGUGCUAGACUGCACUUUUGGGGCUACUGCUGCUGGACCUCCAACCAGGGUGACAUGGAGCAAAGAUGGAGACACCGUGCUGGAGCAUGAUAACCUGCACCUGCUACCCAACGGCUCCCUGUGGCUGUCCUCACCCCUAGAGCGAGAAGACAGUGGUGACGAGGAAGCUCUUAGGAUCUGGAAGGUCACUGAGGGCAGCUAUUCCUGUCUGGCCCACAGCCCGCUGGGAGUGGUGGCUAGCCAGGUUGCUGUGGUCAAGUUUGCCACACUUGAAGACUUCUCUCUGCACCCCAAGUCCCAGACCGUGGAAGAGAACGGAACGGCACGCUUUGAAUGCCACACCGAGGGGCUGCCAGCCCCCAUCAUUACUUGGGAAAAGGACCAGGUGACCAUGCCUGAGGACCCCCGGCUCAUCACUCUUCCCAAUGGCGUCCUCCAGAUCCUGGAUGUCCAGGAUAGUGAUGCAGGCUCCUACCGCUGUGUGGCCACCAAUUCAGCCCGCCAACGAUUCAGCCAGGAGGCCUCUCUCAGUGUGGCCCUCAGAGGGUCCUUGGAGGCUACCAGGGGCCAGGAUGUGGUCAUCGUGGCGGCCCCAGAGAACACCACGGUGGUGUCUGGUCAGAGUGUCGUGAUGGAGUGCGUGGCCUCCGCUGACCCCACCCCUUUUGUGUCCUGGGUCCGACAGGAUGGGAAGCCUAUCUCCACGGAUGUUAUCGUUCUGGGCCGGACCAAUCUACUCAUCGCCAGCGCGCAACCUCGGCACUCUGGAGUCUAUGUCUGCCGAGCCAACAAGCCCCACACCCGCGACUUCGCCACUGCGGCUGCCGAGCUCCGAGUUCUUGCUGCUCCAGCCAUCUCGCAGGCGCCCGAGGCGCUGUCCCGGACACGGGCCAGCACUGCGCGCUUCGUGUGCCGCGCGUCUGGGGAGCCACGGCCCGCGCUGCACUGGCUGCACGACGGGGCCCCGUUGCGACCCAACGGGCGCGUCAAGGUGCAGGGCAGUGGCGGCAGCUUGGUCAUCACCCAGAUCGGCUUGCAGGACGCUGGCUACUACCAGUGUGUAGCGGAGAACAGCGCGGGAACCGCCUGUGCCGCUGCGCCCCUGGCGGUGGUGGUGCGCGAGGGGCUGCCCAGCGCCCCGACUCGGGUCACAGCCACACCGCUGAGCAGCUCCGCUGUGCUGGUGGCCUGGGAGCGACCUGAGUUGCACAGCGAGCAAAUCAUUGGCUUUUCUCUUCACUACCAAAAGGCAAGGGGAGUGGACAAUGUGGAGUACCAGUUUGCAGUAAACAAUGACACCACAGAGCUGCAGGUUCGGGACCUGGAACCCAACACGGAUUAUGAGUUCUACGUGGUGGCCUACUCCCAGCUAGGGGCCAGCCGAACCUCCAGCCCAGCCCUGGUGCAUACACUGGACGAUGUCCCCAGUGCAGCACCCCAGCUCGCUCUGUCCAGCCCCAACCCCUCGGACAUCAGGGUGGCAUGGCUGCCCCUGCCCUCCAGCCUGAGCAACGGACAGGUGUUGAAGUACAAGAUAGAGUAUGGUUUGGGGAAGGAAGAAGAUCAGGUUUUCUCCACCGAGGUGCCCGGAAAUGAGACACAACUUACGUUAAACUCACUUCAGCCAAACAAGGUGUACCGAGUCCGGAUUUCAGCUGGCACCGGGGCCGGCUAUGGAGUUCCUUCUCAGUGGAUGCAGCACAGGACACCUGGUGUGCACAACCAGAGCCACGUCCCCUUUGCCCCUGCAGAAUUGAAGGUGAGGGCAAAGAUGGAAUCCCUGGUGGUGUCAUGGCAGCCGCCCCCUCACCCCACCCAGAUCUCUGGAUACAAACUCUACUGGCGAGAGGUGGGAACAGAGGAGGAGGCAGGUGGUGACCGCCCCCCAGGAGGCCGUGGAGAUCAGGCUUGGGACGUCGGGCCCGUGCGGCUGAAGAAGAAAGUGAAGCAGUAUGAACUGACCCAGUUAGUCCCUGGCAGGCUGUACGAGGUGAAGCUCGUAGCUUUCAACAAACAAGAGGACGGCUAUGCGGCUGUGUGGAAGGGCAAGACGGAGAAGGCACCCACACCAGACCUGCCUAUCCAGAGGGGGCCACCACUGCCUCCUGCCCAUGUCCAUGCGGAAUCAAACAGCUCCACCUCUAUUUGGCUUCGGUGGAAGAAACCAGACUUUACCACAGUCAAGAUUGUUAACUAUACUGUGCGCUUUGGCCCCUGGGGGCUCAGGAAUGCCUCCCUGGUCACCUACUAUACCAGCUCUGGAGAAGACAUUCUCAUUGGCGGACUGAAACCAUUUACCAAGUACGAGUUUGCAGUACAGUCUCAUGGUGUGGAUAUGGAUGGGCCUUUUGGCUCCGUUGUAGAACGCUCCACCCUGCCCGACCGGCCUUCAACACCUCCUUCUGACCUGCGCCUGAGCCCCCUGACUCCAUCCACCGUUCGGUUACACUGGUGCCCACCCACGGAGCCCAAUGGCGAGAUCGUAGAGUAUCUAAUUCUCUACAGCAACAACCACACCCAGCCCGAGCACCAGUGGACACUGCUCACCACCGAGGGAAACAUCUUCAGUGCAGAGGUACACGGCCUAGAGAGUGACACUCGGUACUUCUUCAAGAUGGGAGCCCGCACAGAGGUGGGGCCUGGGCCCUUUUCCCGCUUGCAGGAUGUGAUUACUCUACAGGAGACAUUCUCAGACUCCUUGGAUGUGCACUCUGUCACAGGCAUCAUCGUGGGCGUCUGCCUGGGCCUUCUCUGCCUCCUGGCCUGCAUGUGUGCUGGCCUACGACGAAGCUCCCACAGGGAAGCCCUCCCUGGACUGCCCUCCACAGGCACCUCUGGGAACCCAGCACUCUACUCAAGAGCUCGGCUCGGGCCCCCCAGUGUCCCUGCUGCCCAUGAGCUGGAGUCCCUCGUGCAUCCCCGCCCCCAGGACUGGUCCCCACCACCCUCGGAUGUGGAAGACAAGGCUGAAGUGCACAGCCUUAUGGGUGGCGGCGGUUCAGAUUGCCGAGGCCACUUCAAGAGAAAGAUCUCCUGGGCUCAGGCAGGGGGGCUGAACUGGGCAGGCUCCUGGGCAAGCAGUGAGCUGCCCCAGGGUAGUGGUCCUAGGCCGGCUCUGACGCGUGCUCUGCUGCCUCCAGCCGGAACUGGGCAGACGCUGCUGCUGCAGGCUCUGGUGUAUGAUGCCAUAAAGAGCAACGGGAGAAAGAAGCCAUCCCCAGCGUGCAGGAAUCAGGUGGAGGCCGAGGUCAUUGUCCACUCCGACUUCAGUGCAUCCGAAGGAUGUCCCGACCUCCAUCUCCAAGACCUGGAGCCUGAGGAAACCCUGCCUGCAGAGGCUCUGCCUUCCACCUCUGGGGUUGUGGAUCUGUCUCAAGGAGCAGACUGGCUGGGCAGGGAGCUGGAAGAGUGCCAACCAGCAACCACUGGGCCAGAGAGAUGCACCUGCUUGCCAGAAGCAGCCAGUGCCUCCUGCUCCUGCCCAGACCUUGAGCCCAGCACUGCCGUAGAGGAGGCCCCUGGGAAAAGCUGCCAGCCCAAAGUACUGUGUCCUCUAGCAGCCAGCCCAAGCCUUCCCAGGGCUCCUGUCUCCUCUUCUCAGGUCCCCUGAGCAGAAGUCUGAUAUGGUUCAGGCACAUGGCAUACAUGGCUACACAUGUAUGUACUAGAGAUAUCAACAAGCCCUUUGGAGCCACUUAGGAUCCUUUGGCUGAGGUAGGGGAGAACUUUACUCUCUCCUCCAUAUUCUGCAUCACAUAUGUGAUACCGGAGGGACUUGAGACAGAGUUCCAUGUAAUAGACACGUGUGAAGCCACGAGUGUGUGCUGGUUGAGAUGAGAAACCUCUCCCUAUGUAGCAGUCACUGUGGCCUAAUUGACCUUCCAUGGCAGGGUGGUGUCACAGUGAUCAGUGCCAGCUCUUUGAGCUUUAACCUUGUCACCUAGUCUUUUAUUACACUCUGAGAGUGUCUCCAGUGCUGUGUCUACAAAGACAGCGCCAGCCCCUCUUGUGUCAGCUGUGCUGAGCGGAGUGCUAGUCAACUCCAGAGGCCUAUGACACUGCAGCCUGCAACAGCAUGGCCGUCAUCCCUCCUGGCCUCCUAAGGUCCAGAUGGCUGGGUGAACCCAGCUCAGCUCCCACUCCUUCAAGCAGCUCUGUACCUAAUUUUGUAAUCUGGGAAGUGCCUGGUUUGGGAAAUCUUCUUUCGCCCCCUGUCCCUCUCUGCCCCUUCAUUGUUCUGGUGUUCUGUCUCAUGUCUUUAGUCUUGCUCCCUUAUCCUGGGGCCCUUCUCUUUCCCAUGAUGCCCCUUGCUUCCUCACUGCUGUUUCCAUUUCUGUCUCCCAUGCUUGUCUUUGUGUCAUGCGUUUCUCGUCCCUGAGUUCAACCUAUGCACCCUUCCCUAACAACAUGACUACCUCAUGUCUGCUUCAGACCAUAGUGUGACCCUUGGGUCCCCACAGCACCCCUGACAACCACCUUCCUGAGCAGAUGACCCACUCCAGGUAGAUCUGGAGAAGACUUUUUAGUUUCCCUGGCUGCCGUCUCCUUGGUAUUGAGAUGAGAAGGUUUUCUAUGGAAGAGAUGAAUUCAGGCCACACCAAGGAACCCCUGAGAAGGGGUAGGGACUGAAACCAAGAGGCUGAAAAAAAAAAUGUCUGCUGCCCAUCUGCACGGAGAAAUGGACAUGUGCUUUUGACAUGCAGUCCUGGCUGAAGCUGAAGGGAUGAGGAGAGGGGUGUUACUGGUGCUGCAAUGGCCCAGUUCCCUGUCCCUGGAGCCUUGAACCUCCUGACUGGAUUCAUGGUGGCAAAAAGUUUCCUCCAAGAUGCUAAAGGAAGUCUUUGCACAGGAAAAGGAGCAGCUGGCUCAUUUUGUUUUAUCUUUCUUUACACUGAAUCCUGAAAUCACCUUACCACACAGGGCCAAGCCUGACUGGUGUUUCCUGAGUCACAGAAGCCAUACCAUCUCUAUGAUGUCUCACCUCAGCCAUGUUCCAGGAUUGUCAAAUGUGGGAUCUGUGUUCUCUUGCUGUACAUCUUUCUAUUUUAGCCGGCUGGCACAUCAAGUGUUAACUCUGGCAUCUGGGCCAAAAUAGAAAUAACCAGUCUAUCUUUCCAUUUUUUUUUUUAAACGUCUUUCAGCCGAGUUGCUGCUCCUGAAAUCCUCUGUUUAUUAGCCUUGUGUGUCACUCAUGUUUGACCCCACCUAUAUCUCCUCCUCCUCCCUUCUUCAGCCAGCCUAUGAUAACACUAAAGAUUAUUAAUGCUGGUUUCAUAUCUCGCUAAAGACGGGAUUGUCACUUGAACUACUUCUAUAAGCAUUCAGAGUGGCCAUGGCCAGCCAACACCACCGUAUAUUUCUUUAUUGCUCUGAAGGUCAAAAGCCUCAUUUUGUUUUCCUGGUUAGAUUUUUUUCCCCCUUGCCUUGAAUGAAGUAACCGUUUUAACAGUAGGCUCUUAGCAUCCCACCACGUAGUCAUUCCUCAUGUUCUUGUUUAACAAGCACUGAGGUUCUGGUUUAAAUUAAACAGCUGCAAAUGAGACAAUUUAUAACCCAUUAGGCUAGGUGGAAAAUUGUUUCUCAAAAGCAAAUAAGUAAUAAAUCUGGUAUCUGCCUAUAACUCACAGUUGAUAAGAAAGUAGCCAGUGCUCACUAGCAUUGUAUAUGAUUUGGGUUCUGAGUAACUGGAGAGUGUUAGAUUUGCAACUUUGUAGCAGCAGGUUUUAUUAGGAAAGAGUCUAUUGGCCUUUUACAGGGUAUUAAUCCCUUUGUCGCUUGCCAUCGAUGCCUUAAGUUCUUUUGAGUCUCAUUUAAGAAUCUUUCUUUUCUUGAAGCAUGACAAGUGUACUCGAUACUUACAUGCUUGCUCAUUUACCUGUACUUCGUUUGUGCUGGUUUAUUUCAUUGCACUUUCCAGCAUCAUGCUUCCUCCUUACAAAUAUGAUAUUCUUUAGUGUUUCAGUAAGGCGUUGAUCAUGUAUCUGUCCCUGUAAUGAAUUAAUAAACUAUUUUCCAGA